AUGGCGAAUGUCGCGGACACCAGGCUCUACGAUAUCCUCGGAGUUUCCCCCUCAGUGUCGGAAAAUGAACUGAAAAAGUCCUACCGGAAACUAGCAAAAGAAUACCAUCCAGACAAAAAUCCUGAUGCUGGAGAUAAGUUUAAAGAAAUCAGUUUUGCGUAUGAAGUGCUGUCCAACCCGGAGAAGAAGGAGCUGUAUGACCGCUAUGGAGAGCAGGGGCUCCGAGAGGGCGGAGGUCCAGGGCCUGGCAUGGAUGACAUCUUCUCCCAUAUUUUUGGAGGAGGGCUGUUUGGGUUCAUGGAUGGAGGCCGGAGGCGUAACGGCGGACGCAGGAGAGGCGAGGACAUGGUGCACCCGCUCAAAGUUUCCCUGGAGGAUCUCUAUAAUGGGAAAACUACAAAACUACAGCUCAGUAAGAAUGUGCUGUGUGGGGCGUGCAAUGGUCAGGGAGGAAAGGCUGGGGCCGUUCAGAAGUGCACACCCUGCCGGGGGAGAGGCAUGAGGGUCAUGAUCAGACAGCUGGCUCCUGGGAUGGUCCAACAGAUGCAGUCCGUCUGUACAGACUGUAACGGAGAAGGCGAGGUGAUCAAUGAGAAGGACCGCUGUAAGAAGUGUGAGGGCCACAAGGUCAGUAAGGAGACCAAGCUCCUGGAGGUGCAUGUGGACAAAGGCAUGAAGCACGGUCAGAAGAUCACGUUUACUGGAGAAGCUGACCAAGCUCCAGGGGUAGAGCCUGGAGACAUCGUCCUAGUGCUACAAGAGAAGGAACAUGAGGAUUUUAAACGCGAGGGAAGCGACCUACACAUGGUGCAGCGCAUUGGACUGGUAGAGGCUCUGUGUGGUUUCCAAAUAACCAUCACACAUCUAGAUGCAAGACAGCUGCUUGUCAAAUAUCCCACUGGAAAAGUUAUUGAGCCAGGUUCUAUACGAGUCGUGAAAGGGGAGGGAAUGCCUCAGUAUAGAAACCCCUUUGAGAAGGGAGACCUUUACAUUAAGUUUGAUGUCCAAUUUCCUGACAACAACUGGAUCAGCCCUGAAAAACUCAAUGAGCUGGAGUGUUUGCUACCUGCCCGCUCUGAGACGCCCGUCAUCGCUCCAGAUGCAGAGGAAGUAGAUCUCACAGAAUUUGAUAAGAGUCAAGCUGGGGGAGGAGCCAGGAGGGAGGCUUAUAAUGAUAGUUCCGAUGAGGAAGGUGGCCACCAUGGUCCAGGAGUGCAGUGUGCACACCAGUAG